UUCUCCCGCCCACACUGGGACGGCGUUCCCACUGGCUGCCAAGUUUUAAGUGAGAGGUUUUCUGUUUGACGUUAUUUAUGUCACAGAUGUCAUAAAAGCGCAUUCUACUGUUUUCUACUGUCUCAUUACGGGGUUCGUUUAUUUAGGAACAUGGCUGAUGGUGACACGCAGAGAGAGGGGGAUGUGGUGGAUGCCAGCCUCUUCAAAUUGUGGAAACAAGCAAAUGCAGGAAAGGGUAAGACCAAGGAAACGAACAGCAGCAGACCAGAAGCCUCUGUCUCUUACCGCUACAAGAUGGACUACCCAUGCAUCGGCACCUGUUUGGUUAUCAACAACAAGAACUUCCAGCCAACAACAGGGAUGAACACUCGUGAUGGCACAGAUGUUGAUGCUAAAAAUGUUGAGAACACCUUCGGUAAGCUGGGCUACAAGGUCAAAGUGCACCAUGACCAGACUGUGGCGCAGAUGAAGAAACUAAUGCUAGAUGCAUCCAAGGAGGACCACAAGAACAAUGCAUCAUUCGUGUGUGUGCUGCUUAGUCAUGGAGAUGAGGGCGUGAUAUACGGCACCGAUGGCCCUGAAAGGUUCGAUACCCUGGCGAAGUACUUCAGAGGAGACUGCUGUGCGGGUCUGGUGGGGAAGCCAAAGCUCUUCUUCAUUCAGGCAUGCCGUGGUACAAACCUGGAUGAUGGAGUCAUUGAGACCGACAGUGGAGGAGACGAGCAGACGUCUGAGAAGAUUCCUGUGGAGGCCGACUUCUUAUACGCCUAUUCCACCGCUCCAGGAUACUACUCAUGGAGAAACACAACCUACGGCUCCUGGUUCAUACUGACGUUGUGUGAGAUGUUGGAGUGCUACAGUCGGAAGCUGGAUCUGAUGCAGAUCAUGACACGAGUCAACUACGGUGUUUCACGCUACUUCGAGUCCUCCAGCAACCUGCCUGGAUUUGCUCGCAAUAAGCAGAUCCCCUGUAUCGUCUCUAUGUUGACCAAAGACUUUUACUUCCCCGUCUAGAUUUACAUGGUUGAACCUCAAUGAUCUUUGUUCUCCUUGACCAAAUGCAAAGUCUGAUGCUGUGCUGCAGCUGAUGCAGAGCAGGAUGACAGUGAUUUAAAUGUGACUAAACCCAUUUGCACAAUCUGCACUUAGAUUCGUGAUACUUUUAUUGAUUUUAGUGUUGGAUCAGUUUACCUUUUAUAUUUUGUGUGUUUAUGUAUGUUUGUAUUAAAGUGAAAAAAACCA